GUACAGCUACCAACCCCCUCAGUCCUUGUGUGGGGACAUCUGUAGUGAGAUCUGACUCUGUGGAGGUGACAGUGGAUGUAUAGUAUAAUGUCACCAUUAGCAUGUUCACCGCCAACUCUCGAAGCGGUUCAGUGACAGUUAACGAGUCUGAUGCAGUGAUAUUGAGUUGCCAUAUUGACAUUAAUCUAAGGUCAGUCAUCAGGUUACUGAAUGGAUCUGAGGAGUUGACAAGGGCAGAUAACUUCCUGACAGCAACAUAUAGACUGGAGUCAGCAGAUUGUAGACAAAGAGGGAACUACUCUUGUACUGCCACCAACAACAUCGGGGCACCUGUCAUCCAGACGGUCGAGCUGCUGGUCAAAUGUUCACCGCGACUCGAAGGGACAGUUUCACAGCAACUCAAGUACGCUGCUACACUGGGUGUUGACGUGACUGUGUCUGUGUCAGUCCUGACCUACCCCCUUCCUACAUUCACCUGGACUAGAUCCAUCAGCACCAGCCAGGACCUCACUGGUUCCUCCAGCCCUGUCUCAGACAUCUCAGUCACUGCCAGACUACACCUUACUAACCUCCAACAGCAGAACUUCGGGGACUACAGUCUGACAGUGGACAAUGGUGUGGGGAGUCCAGUCACAUACACAGUCAGCAUAGUACCUGCAGGACCACCACAGAUACCGUCACAGUUUCGAGAUCUGGAUAAUGCAACAACGUCGUCGGUAUGGCUGUCGUGGCUGCCUGGGUUCAAUGGUGGACGCCCUCAGACGUUUCUGAUUGAGUAUCUUCAAUCUGGUACAAGAAAGUGGACUGUGCACAAUUCGAAUGAUGAUAAAGGCGAGAGGAUGGUGGUGGACGUAACAGGCCUUAUAUCUGGAGAGAUUUACACAUUCCGACUACUUGCUAAAAAUGACUAUGGGGAUAUGUCUUUGUAGCAUCUGAAACUGCUGGGGAUCCACAAACAAAAACUCGAAACUCCAUCUACUAGUACUGGAGUAACAGCAGGAGCGGUGGUAGGCGGGAUACUCAUCACCUUGCUCAUUGUGGGAAUUGUACUCACGGUACUCUACAGAAACGGAUACAGGUGCAGAAAUAUUAAAGGUAUGUGGUUACAUUUCCGUUGUAUAAGGAUGCAAGCUAUUCAAGGUCAACCGAUAUAGUCUCCAAUUGUUGUUCCAUACUUUUUUGAGGAUAUGCUUGAAAGAAAUAUCAUAUCAUUAGGAUUUCUAUUUUACGAUACAUUUGCAAUUGGUAUUCACAAAACAGGAUUUAGUUUCACUAACCAAAAUACAUGUUAAAUGUUGCGAUUAUUACGUACCUAUAUUCAUUUUGUGGCAUACUUUUGCAUUUAUCUAUCUUUGGGGAUUUCAUUUUCGAUCAAUGCGACUUGUUUCCAUGAAGGGUGUGUGUUAUAAACUAAAUACCAUCCCAUCUGGCUAUUUUUUGUUUUCCAGGAAGUGGAUCGG